CAUUUGCCAACUUCUCGGAGCUGAAAGCUUCAGCCGUUUCUCCUCGUCACCCUUGCUAUGCGAUAUAGAACAUAAAAGACGGAAACAUGAGCUAAAGUGCGUAUACCGUGAAAUUAAAUCGGCAGAAGAGCAGCAUUAGCUUGACCAUGGCUGACGAUUAUGCCAUUAUUGAUGAGGAUGAGGUGAGGGAGAUCAGGGAUGCACUGGAAAACCAGACCUUGACUUCAGCCGUGGCUAAGAUCCAGGACUACUUUGAGCAGAUUGACCGUGUGGAACUAAAUAUUGCCAUCACAGGAGAGUGUGGCUCUGGCAAGUCCACCUUUGUCAAUGCAUUCCGGGGUCUGGGGGAUGAAGACGAGUGCGCAGCUGAAACCGGCGUGGUUGAGACCACCAUGGAGCCAACCGUGUACCCCCACCCUAAAUAUCCCAAAGUCAAAGUGUGGGACCUUCCCGGGAUUGGGACACCCAAUUUCAAAGCAGACGAGUACCUUGAAAAAGUAGAAUUCAAACGCUAUGAUUUCUUCAUCAUCAUCAUCUCAGAACGUUUCAAAGUCAACAAUGUGCUGCUGGCCACAGAGAUCCAACGCAUGAAGAAGAGGUUCUACUUUGUUCGCUCAAAGAUUGACAACAGCAUACAUGCAGAGAAAAGGAAGAAGGACUUUGACGAGGACAAAACCCUCAGUAUAAUUCGGGAAGACUGCAUGAAAGGCCUCCUGGAAAAUGGGGUGGCAUCUCCCACGGUCUUCCUUAUCUCCAGCUUUGACCUGCGGCUCUACGACUUCCCAAAGCUGGAGGAGACGAUGGAGAAAGAGCUGCCCAAGCACAAGCAGCGGGUCCUCCUUCUGUCACUGCCCAACAUCACCCUGGACAUCAACAAGAAGAAAAAAGAGGCCCUGCAGGCCAACAUAUGGAAGGUGUCCCUGCUGUCAGGCACCGUGGCAGCCAUACCCAUCCCAGGUCUGUCUGUGGUGGUGGAUGUUGGCAUCCUGGUCAAAGAGCUCAGCAGUUAUUACCAGGCUUUUGGCCUGGAUGAUGAAUCCCUGAAAAACCUCUCUGACAAAACAAACGUGCCUCUGGAGGAACUGAAAGCGGUCCUCACAUCCCCCCUCAACAAGGAGAUAUCGGGCGAUGUGGUCAUCAAGUUGUUCACCAAAUUUGCCGGAGCUGGGUUAAUGUUGCUGGAGUACUGGGCCAGCACAAUCCCGGUGUUCGGCUCCAUGGCGGCCGCGGGAAUCUCGUUCGCCACCACCCACAUGAUGCUGACAAGCUGCUUGAAUGAGCUGGCAGAGGAUGCACAAAACGUCCUGAUGAGAGCUUUGCAGACAGAGGUGUGAAGAAACUACUUCUCUGCAGUUCAAGUGCCUUUCUGGACUAGUGCUUUUGAUCUUGAUGAAGAUGUUCUCAUAGAAAUUAGGUUGUAUAUUUUUGAGCAAUAUGUAGUACUGUUUGUAUUGAAAAAGCAAACAGUUGCCAAGCAAUCUUUGUAAUGAGACACCAUGGACAAAUAGCAGGAUUGUUUAUUUUACAAAAUUAAAAUGAUCUACAUCUCAUGAAAUGUAUCCAUGUUCUGGGGCCUCAUUUAUAAAACUGUGGAUUCAGGUUGCGUACGCAUGAAACCCAGGACGUGCGUACACACAAAAAUAUUCUGAUUUAUAACAGUGCACACGCACGUCCCAUGCCAGUUUUCCUUCAUAAAUCACAAUCAACUCUAAAUGUGGCGCACCUUUGCCAGCUUCAUGUCCCGCCCACAGUUGCCUAUAAAUAGGCAGUGAAACACCCCUAAUGAAUAUGCAUUUCACGAAGACGACAAUGGCAAACACUGAAAAGAAGGCCAAGAAAAGGGAUUUCAGCCAUUUGAUUGCCUCUGAAAAGCUACAGGUGUGGGAAUUAUCCUGAUUGAUUGUAAAUGACGAACAGUUCUGCGCAACGAAUGUGAUGAUGACGAUGAUAAUAAUAAUAAUAAUAAUAAUAAUAAUAAUAAUAAUAAUAAUAAUAAUGAUAAUAAUACACGUUAUUUGUCCAGCACCAUUGAAAACACAGUUACAAAAUUAAGAGAUAAAACGAAUAAAAAUCCAUAAUAAUAAACACAUUAUAAAACAUAAUAUAUGAAUAUGAUAACAAUAUAUGAAACUAUGCACUCGUAUCUGCCCGAUUGACGCAUUGUAAACGGCAUCAGUGCAGCGUAAUUUGUCCGACUGUUCACCAUAUUAUUUAUGAGAAUAUAUUUAAUAACAUGAAGUAUUGUUUAACAAUUCGUCUACAUAUUUGAGGGAUUAUUUUACAGCAACAUCACCGUUUAUAUUUCUCAUCCUAAAUCAUAUUUUUUGGGCACUCCAGGGAGCAUCAAUCAAACAGCUGUUUGUUUAUUCGUUGUAAGAGAGGCUUUUAUCCGUUUUUGCAAAUUAACUCUUCAUAUAUGAUACGUGAGAGGUAAUAUUUCGAGUUAUUUUACACAGUGGUAUCAAUUUCACACCAUUUCUCGCGUUUCAUCCCAUUGCCAUCGGAGUCGCAGUUUCUCAUUUCUCCAGUUAAUGUGCGUACGCAUGGGUCAGAGUUUCCGUGGAGGACCGCACAUUUUCCCGUCGAGUUCGUUUUUUAUAAAUGCCAAAGUUUGCUUAGAAAGUGGCUACGCAUUCUUUUAUGCAUACGCAACGUUUAUAAAUGAGGCCCCUGGUCUUUUGGUAUUAUGGGACAUUCAUUUAUUCUGGUAUAUUUCUUUUAAAUAAAAUGAAUGAAUCUCCCAAGUAACUCAAUCUGUAACCAAAAUAAUCUACCUAUGGCUUUAUAUUUAUCUAUGAAUUCUGUCUAUCUCUGCCCAUUUUCAUUUGUUAUGAACUUGAGUUUGACCUUUUUUUCUGUAUUCUAACUUUCUGAAAAGAUAAGAGUGAGUAAAGUUUGUGGAAAACAAG